UGGGAACACUGACGGGAGAAUCAUUUGGACAUUGUGCGAAAUGAUGGCAGCGGUUCAUAAACUGAGACGACAAUUCAGCAGAAUUUCAUGCAGAACUUUUAAAGUCAGCCAAAUCAGUGCUGAAUGGUGAUCCAUGGAGAGCUAGUGGUCAUGGCUCCAUAUUAUUUUUACUUGAGUACUCUAUUGGCUAUGAUCUUUCCUGGAGAUAUUUCUGGAACAGGAUCUCACGCUCCAUACACUCAUGUGAAUCAAAGUCAGUCUGUACCAGCUGCACAGAGUGGAUCUGAGGUGACCAGUAGACAUAGGAACUGGUGUGCACACAUAGUGACGCGGACUGUAAGUUGUGUAAUGGAAGAUGGGGUCGAGACCUAUGUGAAACCUGAAUAUCAGCGCUGUGCAUGGGGCCAGUGUUCUCAUGUGGUUUUGUAUCGGACAUACAGAAAGCCAAGGUACAAGGUUGCCUAUAAAAUGGUGACAGAGUUGGAAUGGAAGUGUUGUCAUGGCUAUUCAGGUGAAGAUUGCAGUGAUGGCCCUGGUGGUUCCUCUGUCACUCAGGUCAACACAGGCAGACCUACUUCUACAUCUGGGUCCAACACAGGACGUGGCCAAAGUGGUGAAGCAGCAAGAGGAGACAAUGACAUAAUUAGACAACUUGAGGAACAGAUUCAGAGCUUGAAUAACGACCUUCACAACCUCCAGUCCACCCUCCACAAUAUGGAGAGAGUACAAAAGGAGUCCCAAAUGGAAGUCAUUAGUGGUGGAAACAAUCUGGCUGAUGCUGCCCAGCCAGGAAUAAGGGAGACCAUCCACAGCAUCCAAACAAAACUGGACAUGCUGGACAACAUGACACAGGUCCAUGACAAGACCCUCAUAAGCAUCAACAACCACCUUGUGGGUGGCAAUGGAAUUGGAAAUGAUUUAGACGUUCGCUAUGGAACAUUAAAAGAGGAAAUUCUCAGGGAACUGGAAUGGAGGGUGACGCUGUCGUGCUCAGCUUGUCCUAAUGGAGUGGAGGGCAUACAGGGACAACAGCAAGAAGACCGAGAGAGGAUCCGAGCUCUGGAGAAGCACAUCAAUAUGAUGGAACAGCGCCAUCUUCAAACGGUAGAAAUGCUUGAGAGGGAACUAUCUCACUCUCAGAGUUGCUGUGAUUCAUUGACCGAUCUGGACAGGAGGGUUGGUGCUAUGGAGAGAAAGGCUAGUUCCACUGCAGAGGCGUAUGAUAUGCUUAGAGGACGUCUUGAGAAAGAGUUGAAAGGAACAGGUGGAAAUGAAGGCCGGGGAACAGAAUUCAAUGAAAAGCUGAAUGGUCAUCUUAGAGACUUAGAGAGAAGACUGAAUGGGACUGUGAGAAAAACAGAGCAAAAAUGCUCCCAUACUGAGACAAGUAUGAAGGAGUUUGUUCAGCGAGAGAUCAAUCAGAUCAAGAAAUCUGUCCUCAGCCGAAAUGAUGAUCACGGUUAUAGAAUAUCUACAAUGGAGAUAGAUGUUCAAGAUUUGAGAGAUUCUGUCAAUAAUCACAAAAAUAAUCUGGAACAGUUGGGGAACAAAACAUCCAAUCUCGACAGCAGGCUUAAGUCGACGAUUAAUUUGUGCACAGAGACAUGCGGUCCAAAAGGGAGUGAGACAGCAGAUACUGUGAAAAGCCUGGAAUGGAAAGUCAUUGCCAAUGAGGAGGACAUUAAGAAGUUUGACACCAAGAUAAAGGACUUAAGUGUGUCUGGUGACUCCUUAAUGAACCGUAUUAUAGAUCUAAGCCAUGAUGUUUACAAAAUCAAGGAUUUGACAGGAGACAAUGGAGAGCACUUCAACAAAAUUGUCAUAGAUGUGGAGAAUCUGGGACAUGAUUGUGAUGUAUGCAGUUCAAUAGAUGGUGAACUUCGUAAGAUAAGAAACAUAACCAGCAAUGCUUUUAAAACAUUCCAGGGAGAAAUUACAGACUUGCGCAAAAAAGUAGAUGCUGAUGAGUAUGAUUGCUCGCAAGUAUGCUCAAAUCUACAGGAGGAAGUGGGAAAACUCAAAGAAGAGGUUGAGGAAUGCACAGGGCAAUGCAAGAUUAGCAUGGUCGACCAUCAGAAAAAAAUAGAUAAUCAAAAUACUGUAACUCGCAAACUUGGAAAAGACCUAAAGUCCAUUCAGGGUGAGCUUACAGGGGUAUUCCAAACAUUCAGCUCCAUCAAUGACACUCUGAUAAGUCUCAAUAACACCAUAAAGAGGCACAACAACAUUAUUUCCAUUCUCGAUACGUAUAAGGACAAACUCAACUUUGAGUUAGAUCAGAUCCAGGAGGAUUUGAACAAGCACAUAGACAACAGUAAAGGGCGGUUUGAUGGUAUUGGGCAUGAUAUCAGUAGCUUUAACAGCAACAUGAUGAUUGAAAUGGGUGAAUGCAAGCAUUCUCGAGAUGGGUUGGAGAAGAGGCUCAUUAAGAUGGAGCGUGUCUGCAGCAGACUGGAUUCAUUGUCAGAGAACCUUAAGAGGAUCAAAGAGGGCUUGAGCAAGCAUGUCUCUGGGCUUUGGACAUGUGUCAAUGGGCUAAACUCCACAGUGAUCUCUCAUGGUGAGGCCAUCAACAGCAUUCAGAACAUUCACAUAGAGAACAUUCAUGGCAUGUUGAACAACCUCAACUCUUCCAUACUGCAUGCUCUCAAGGAGUUCCAGACCUUCACUGAACAGGACUUUACUGGACCUCCUGGUCUACCUGGUCCAAAAGGAGAGAAAGGAUCCAAAGGGCCACCAGGGCCAAGGGGACCUCCAGGCCGAGAAGGACCGCAAGGGAAAGUAGGGUCAAUCGGACCCCCAGGCCUCAGAGGUGAACAAGGACCUCCUGGAGAGGAUGCUUACAUUCCAAGACUAUCUUUCUCAGCAGCACUCACACGACCACAAGCCAAUGCAGGCACUAUUUUCUUCAACAAGGUCUUUGUCAAUGAAGGAAAUGUAUACAACCCCAAUACAGGAAUGUUCACUGCACCAUUGAAUGGGCGAUACUUUUUCAGUGCCGUCCUAACGGGUCACAAGAAUGUAAAGAUUGAGGCAGUCCUAUCUAAAUCCAAUUAUGGUAUUGCUCGUGGAGAUUCAGCUGGCUAUCAGCCCGAGGGUCUAGAGAAACCCAUGGCUGAGACAAGACAUACUCCAGGUUCCUUGGUCCUCUUCAACAUCAUACUCCCUCUGCAGGAGGGAGAUACUGUCUGCAUUGACCUAGUCACAGGUAAACUUGCCCACUCUGUGGAGCCCCUUACAAUCUUCAGUGGCAUGUUGCUCUAUGAGGACAAAGAAAUAUUAUAAGAGCCAUCAAAGGAGAUGACAGAUCAGGAGAUGUCUGGACAACUGGCGAAAAUCCUCUUCAGAGACUUUUUUUAGAGCAGUUUUACAUAUUUUGGACUAUGGACUGAGAUUUUUUAUAUGGUUACAUUUUGCACAUACAUACUUGUAUUGAAGGACAGAUACUAUUCAUUAAUAUGAAGGGCACAAAUGCAAUUUAUUUGUUGUUAAUUGUAAUACGCCGAUUAGGGCACCAUUAUCACCUUCUCACCUUGAGACAUUUAUCAACCAACCACUAGAUUGUUCACUACAAUACACCUUAAUAAAUAAAGUGCAAACCAUAGUUUAUACAUCAAAAUAAUACAGAGACAGCGGGCAAAUGUGGAUCUGUGCUUGAUGUGGUUUCAUUUUAAAUUUAGGAGUUUACAUUCACAAAGUCUCCAUUCAGUUUGUUUAUUUUCUCCUUGACAUGAAUGCCAUAAAUACCACAUAUGAAGUUUUCUAUUAUUCCCCAUUUCCUCAAAGUAUAAUUCUUUCAUAUUUGUGGCACAUUUUUUCACUUAACCUCCGAAUUUGAAACAUAUCCAUAAAAGGAAAAACACAAAUAAAGCAGACUGUGCUGAGAGGGACACUGUUAGAUGUGCCAGAGGCUAUAGAUCAGGAAGCCUCUCUAACCCAUUCUUUGGUGACUAUUCCAAAGAAAACCAUCAAAGUUGUUUAUGCUAGAUGCAGAAUGAUUCCACCCUGGCUAUAUUUUUGCCUAUGGAUUUUUAUUUUCACUUCUCUUACUGCAGAUGUUCUCCAAACGGACUGACUUUAACAGCUCAAAACCUGUGUCUAUGCCAGAAAUGCAUUUGUGUGACCUGAGCUGUCUUGUUGGUCUAUGCUUAUUGCCUGAUGUGUUUUUUUAAUACACAGGGAUUUAAAAGGACUUUGUAUUGAUUGAAGAGUGUAGUACUGUGGAACAAAACACUGACCAUUCAGUCCAUUUUAACCUUCAAAAGAGAGGAUUUCUUUAAAGAUCUUGAUAAACAUUACUUCAGAAUGUUUUAUUUUGCAGUAAGCCAGCUGGUUUUCUUGAUUUGGACCAGGUUACAUCAGCUGGCCAUUCAUAACCUGAACUACAAGUUCACAUCUGAUGGUUUCAUGUCCUCCUUACCUCUCACCACAGGCAUUACAAUGCAGUAUAUUUUACAGCCAAUUAAGUAUUUGACUAUAUUAUGCUAUCCAAACAUUCCUCGGAUUUGUUUCAGCCCAUUAUUGUUUAAUGAUCACCGACUUACUCAAAGUACUCAGAGCAUUGAAAAUAUUUUUAAAAAUAUUAUUUGCAA